UCUGGGCUCCACACCAUAGAGUUCGGAGGCGCGACGGAGCUAGUGUCCGCCCUGCGGGCCAUCGCUGGACACCACAGAGACCCGCGGGGCUGCGGACACCCCCCAGCUCGCGCUCGACGGGGGAACUGCUCCGCUCCCCCCUUAAUUAGGGUGACGCGGCGCCGGAAUCGCUCCAGGCUGGGUCCUGAAGGAUGGAGCCCACGGAGGCAGCCCAGGCCCCGGAGGGGAGGAAGAGAUUCACUGUGCAGUCACAGGACCCUGAACAUACUAUGGUGAGACCCAUCUUCAAAUCUUCUUGCUCUGCAGCAGAGCCCAGGGCCCCUGCCCUACCUGGGGCCACCUCCUAUGCCGAAUACGUCGUCAAACAGGUCUCUGUGUCCUUGGCCUCCAUGCCAGUCUCCCGGCCUGCCAGGGUGACGGCUGCAUCAUCGGAGUGCAGAGUGGGAGCUGCCUCAGGAGCGCUCCCUCCAGGCACUGAGACCAGCACUGUACCACCUGCUGCCAGUGGGGACUCGGACCCCAGCCCCACGCUGAAACCGGGGCCCAAGAGCAACUGCAUCAUCGUCAGUGCUCGCCAGCGGGGGAACCCCAUCCUGAAAUUUGUGCGCAACAUUCCCUGGGAGUUUGGCGAGAUCGUCCCUGACUACGUGCUGGGCCAGAGCACGUGUGCCCUCUUCCUGAGCCUGCGGUACCACAACCUGAACCCCAACUACAUCCAUGAGCGGCUGCAGCUCCUGGGGAAGACGUACGCGGUGCAGGUGCUGCUGGUGCAGGUCGAUGUGAGGGACCCGCAGCAGGCACUGAAGGAACUGGCCAAGAUGUGCAUCCUGGCCGACUGCACCCUCAUCCUGGCCUGGAGCCCCGAAGAGGCCGGGCGCUACCUGGAAACGUACAAAGCCUACGAGCAGAAACCAGCUGACCUGCUCAAGGAGAAGGUGGAUCAGGACUUCCUGUCCAUAGUGACAGAUUGUCUGACCAGCGUGAAGUCAGUUAACAAGACGGACGCGCUGAGCCUUCUCUCAACAUUUGGGUCUCUGGCGAACAUUGCACAAGCGUCCAAGGAGGAUCUCUCCCUCUGCCCAGGCAUUGGGCCCCAGAAGGCCAAGAGGCUCUUUGACACCCUACACGAGCCCUUUCUGAAGAUCCCCAAAUGAGCGGAGCACUUCCCCUACAGCACUGCCAGCAGCACAGACAAGCAGGAAUAAACAACCCUCUUUGCCCAGCAGGCCACAUGUCCCUGCCAGCACACUGUCUGCUAGGAAGCCAGGGCCUUGGGGGACACUUAGCAGCUGUUUCUGCGAGUCUGGACUUUGACAAUAAAACAUGCUGUGUAGGAUCGCAGCUUGGCCUGGCCAC